AUGGACGUCGACCAAAGCACCUUCCACGCCAUUCAGAUCCAACCCAACUCUCGCAACCCAUACGGUCUUGAUGAGAAUUGCGUGUUUGUCUCCAUGGCGUACCUUGUCAGCACACGCAGCGAUAAUGUCACACCUCACGAUAUUGUCAACAUGAGCGAGAUGAUGCAGCCAGCUGACGGGCGCGGAGGGUUAGAGCCGUAUGACAUAGAGCGAUUGCUCGCAGCAGUUGCUGAGAAGAAGCGAUUGAAGUACGUGUUCCAGCAAUGGUCGGAUCAUCGGGCACUUGAUGAAGUCUUGGAGUCACACGGUACCAAAAAGGUAGCCGUGUUAUAUCGACGAAACAAUAAGUAUAGGACCGGCCACUGCGUCGUGUGGGACAUGGAUUUGCAGGGAAAUGGGCAAAAAGGUUAUUUGGAUUUCCAGCAAGCCCAGCAUCCAGUGCCCUGUGAGAAGGACGGUGAUGAAUAUAUCGACGAUAUGCUUGAGUACUAUUUCUUGUUCGAGGGGAGGGCAUAG